GCUACUGGAGCCGGCAGCCGGCGGCUCCCGGGGAGGCGGCGGAGGUGGGAGCAGCGGGAAAGGAGAUGUUCCUCGUGUCUGCGCUGGAAGCAGGAUGAAUCUCGUGUCUAUGGCGACAGAUCCCGAGUUGAAAUGGAUAACCCUAUGGGCCCGCAUCAGGUGGGCGGCCGUGCUAGUGCUCCUGCUGAGCUCGCUGGUGAUGCUGCUGCUGCCGCUGGCUGCUGUGGAAGACCAGUGCCACGCAGUGCUCAAAGGGCUCUCCUUCCUGAAGAGUAAACUGGGCACGGGCUCCUCGGGGGUCACCAGAUACACAGGACAAACCACUGGCCUAAGCGUGACCUCUCAUGGGCUGGAGCUGCUGGUGCUGAAAGGCAAAGCCUCCCCAGAAGUGAAGUUAGAAGCCAAAGCAGCUCUGAAUCAAGCCCUCGAAAUGAAGCGCCAAGGAAAGCGGGAGAAGGCCCACAAACUCUUUGUGUACGCCCUCAAAAUGGACCCUGAUUACGUGGAUGCCCUGAACGAAUUUGGUAUUUUUUCUGAAGAGGAAAAAGACAUUCUUCAAGCCGACUAUUUAUACUCCAAAGCACUAACCAUUUCUCCCUGCAACGAGAAGGCCCUGAUCAAUCGGGACCGGACGCUACCUUUAGUUGAAGAGAUAGAUCAGAGGUAUUUCAGUAUUAUUGACAGCAAGGUGAAAAAAGUGAUGGCGAUCCCCAAAGGCAAUUCUGCCCUGCGCCGAGUGAUGGAGGAGUCCUAUUAUCACCACAUCUACCACACAGUUGCUAUCGAAGGGAACACCCUGACGCUGUCCGAAAUACGACACAUCAUUGAGACCAGAUACGCUGUCCCUGGAAAAAGCCUGGUGGAGCAGAAUGAGGUGAUCGGCAUGCAUGCAGCUUUGAAAUACGUCAAUACCACACUGGUUUCACGGAUAGGCUCCGUAACCAUCAGUGACAUCUUGGAGAUACACCGGAGAGUGCUGGGCUACGCCGACCCGGUGGAGGCAGGGCGGUUCAGGACUACUCAGGUGUUUGUAGGACAUCACAUCCCACCACAUCCCCAGGACGUUGAGAAACAGAUGCAGGAGUUUGUGCAGUGGAUUAACUCGGAAGAUGCCAUGAGCUUGCACCCUGUGGAAUUUGCUGCGUUAGCCCACUACAAGUUGGUUUACAUCCAUCCAUUUAUAGAUGGCAACGGAAGGACCUCGCGCCUGUUAAUGAACCUCAUACUAAUGCAGGCAGGGUACCCGCCCAUCACAAUCCGCAAGGAGCAGCGGGCCGAGUAUUAUCAUGUCUUAGAAGUAGCCAACGAGGGCGACGUGAGGCCUUUCAUACGCUUUAUCGCCAAGUGUACCGAGACAACUCUGGACAUGUUGCUCAUUGCCACCACAGAGUACUCCGUGGGCUUACCUGAAGCAGAUGGCAGCACUGCUGGAUGCAAACAAACUAUCCCCGUCAAGACUUGAGGGUUGAGGACACGCAGGAGCCAACGAACGCGUGGGAGAACAGAACGGCAAGCCACUCAGUAUUCCUGCUGGGAAAUAACUCGACAGGAGGUGUCACUCUUUAGCAUUUCAUUUAUUUAAAGUGUCUUACAUUUGAUUAAAUUAAUAUAAUUUAUUUAUAUACAUUAUGCCAAGCUGAAAUGUGAACUGUUGAUGUUGACUGUGCACUAUAACUUGCUUGUGCUACUGGAAGGAGGUGGGGAGAGGUGUUGGAGGGGCUCAACAAGCUGAAGUAGAAUUUAUUUUCUCCUUAAAAUUAAGUUUUGAGAAGCUGCUUCAAUCACAACCCUUCAUGUAGUCGGUCAACUGCAUAGUCUUACCUUGUCAAGGAGCUGCCAGGCAAGACAAAGUCUUAAUUCACUUGUUGCUUUUGUGUUACCUUUUCCCUGUUGUCCAGAAAAACCCCAAAACGCAACCCUCGCAGUAACAGCGCUCUCCCAGCUCUGUUAAUCAGACUCUUUCCAGUCAGUUGUACAAGUUUGCCAGCGCUGAGCAGGAAGGAGACUAAACUCCAGUUAAGCAAAGGCAUCUCUCCCCUCCCGUUUUGGUUUUCAGUAGCACUUUGCAUGUUUACUUUCACUUGCCUUUCCUAGGGUGAGUUUUGUACAAGUGGGAAGUGUUUGGUGUAAGAUUACAGAUGACGUGACUGGAAUAAGAGAAGAAUCGCUCUCUGACUUACUUCACUGAACUGGAAGGUGCUUUUGCUCUACUCCAGACAGAAGAAACUACCUAGUGCCGGGCCUCAGACCCCACUUAAUCAAGCAGGAGCCCUGGGAAACUGCCGCUGUCCUUACACAUUUCAGUUCAGGGUUUGAAAAGGGCUUGUUUCUGCAAAGCUGUGGCCAGAAAAGGUUAUUACACGUAACCACGAGAGAACCUUUAUCAGUUGGGCCAAUUCAGUAAGCAUGUGUACAGCAAGUUUGCCAAAAACUUAAGUUUCUUCGAUCUACACAAGAGAAAACUUUUCUACAGUUAAUUACUAGGUCACAUUAUUACUAUGAUAAACCCGUGAAGAAUCACACGAGGCCUCUUUGUGCUGCAGUGGCAGUUGUAGCACCUGGAAGCUGCUGCGGAAUUCAAAGCAGCACCCUUUAUCUUUGCUUUUAAAUAAAAGCACCUGCAGCCUAACAGAAAAAUAGCUCCCUACACCCCCGCCUGCCAGCCGUGUAACAGCAUAAUUGACCCCAACACCUUUAAGUUCAGAAAAGUUUGAGUCAAUCCAGUUUAAAGUGCUGUUAAGCUUCAACUCUUUGCAAAACAGCAUAAAGACUGGCCCAGGCCAGCGUUAAGUUUCAUCCCUUCUAACUCUUUCUUACCUGCGAGGUAGUUGUGACACAUUUUAAACGGGCAGGCAAGAGCCGGGGAGUUCCCUAUGUUCUACAGCGCCACUCCACGCUUACGUACUGAUUGCUGCUGACAGGGAAAGGAAAAAAUAAGUGAGGAAGGGUGUUCUGUCCUUACAAAGCAUGCUUAUUUUUGAAGUGCAAGGUGAGUAUGACUGAAAUCUGCACUUUAAAGCUCUGGGAAAAAAAAUACAUGUUAUUUUAGUAACAGAUUAAUAAAGUAUUUUA